AGGCUCUGUUCCGGUCUCCCGUUUAGCCGUGCCUCCUCCGAUCCUCUUCCUGCCCUCCGCUCCCCUAGGGUUCGCUCGCCCGUCGACAGGUUCGCUCGCGAUGGACCAGGGCGACGUCGCCGUGGCCGUGGCCCCCGGCGCCCCCUCCUCCUCCUGCGCCGGCGCCGGCUGCAAGAAGGGCAAGCGCUUCGAGAUCAAAAAGUGGAACGCCGUCGCGCUCUGGGCCUGGGACAUCGUGGUCGACAACUGCGCCAUCUGCCGCAACCACAUCAUGGACCUCUGCAUCGAGUGCCAGGCGAACCAGGCCAGCGCCACCAGCGAGGAGUGCACCGUCGCUUGGGGAGUUUGCAACCAUGCAUUCCACUUCCACUGCAUCAGCCGUUGGCUCAAGACCCGUCAAGUGUGCCCUCUAGACAACAGCGAGUGGGAGUUCCAGAAGUAUGGUCACUAAGAUGAUCAUGGCCAGGGGCAAAGUUACUUCAUGGUUGUCGUACUUUAGCGCUAUUAGUGAUAACUCCUGGUUAAGAAUAUGAGAUGGGGUGGUUUAUGUUUCUGGAGCUUGGAUUUUUGUUAAGCCACUUGUAUCCUUGUCGCAGCGGGUGCUGUUUAGCAAAUCGUCCCUGUCUUGCAGAAAUUAAGUGUGAAUUUGGUGGGUACUCAGUGCAAUUGUAAUUUUACUACCUUAUGUGGUCGUGCUUUUAUCUUGUUUGCUUUCAACUAAAACAUUGUUUUUCAGCGUCA